CGCCUUACUCCUACCAAAACCGAGCCGGCCCUCGUCGCGAGCCUUCCAAUCUUUCCCUUCUCUAUACCUCUUUAGUAGCUUGCAGCGCAAGCGGACACGCUCUUUUCGACACCUUUAGAACACCGGAACUUUAUUCAUAAUGAGGCACUUUUACACUGUAGCACUGGGCGCCAGUCUGGCAGCCGCCGAGAUGCAGGUCAUGAGCCUACAACCAGCAGCAGCAUCUGGCGCAGCCACCCAUACUGUGGUUGUGGGAGGUCUAAGACCUGUCGAGACUGGCAUGGCUCCGUACCUUGGCUAUUUCCCGGAGUCCAUCACGGCCGCCCAAGGCGAUGUUGUCAAGUUCAUUUUCAUGCAGAAGAAUCAUACCGUCACGCAAUCAACGUUCGAAAACCCCUGCAAGGCGAUGCCAGGAGGUCUGGAUUCCGGAUUCAAGCCCAACCCCGAAGGCAAGUCGGGGCCUGAGUUCGAGUGGGAGAUGACCGUACCGAGCACUGAUCCACUGUGGUUCUACUGCAAACAGCGUACUGGCGUCCACUGCGGCAAAGGAAUGGUCUUCUCCAUCAACGCCAAAACCACUGGUGACAAGACCAUGGCCCAGUUCAAACAGCUCGCCAUCAAGACGAACGGAACGGAAGCCGCCCCCCUUUCCAAAGCACCCAUCCAGUCCGUCGGCAACGGUGUCCAAGCUGCCCCUAGCACCGUGACAAUCGUAGCCAGUGGCGGCAACCCCACACCGCCCGCCCACAACACCGGUCUGGCUCCCGCCCCGGCCGCCAGCGUCGUUCCCGGUAUGGGUACCGAUCAGAACGGCGGCGCUUGCACAUGCCACUGCCUGUGCGGCGUGAACGCCUUCCCGGCACAGGCCGCCAUCAACAACUUCGGCGGCUUCGCUGGCUCCAUCACGAACGGCAGGGCAUGAGAGGCAGGUGCGGCCGUAAAGUUAUAGCGGAACCGGGGGAG